AUGGGGGCGUCGGAAGUCUUCCCAUCGAUUUCCCGGGUGCCUGACGACCGAAGCAAGUCGUCGAGGCUGUGCCGUCAUGGCAGCAUCCAGCUGCUGCUUGAAUUCUUAGCUACAGACCUUUAUGUGGCUGGGCCGGGACAACUCGCUCCGGGACAGCUCGAAGUCCUGAGGAGCAACGGAGACGUGGAGUUCGUGGAGUGCACUUCCAGUCUUCUUGGCCACACGGACGCUGCCUUCCCUCCUUUGCGAUCUUGGAAAGGCCACUGUCUCCACAAUGGAGCCGGGUACGUCCUCAUACAGGCCUGGCCGACAGGCGACCUGGAGGAGUCCUUCAGCGAACUGCUGCGAGUGCAGCCCGGUGGUGCGCUGGCGUCCCCGGAGAGCUCCACACCGCCCCGGACGUUCCCCGGAGAGGCUCUGAGCUUGGAAGAGACCCCAAGGACCUCGGGGCUUAUCUCCUUUGCGCCAUCCCCACAGCUG